AUGAACCACCCGUCCGUCGUCGCCGCGACGCGCGCCGCGCGCGACGCGUUCGCCAGAGCGACGACCGGACUGAAGCUCCCGAAGGACUUCUCGAUCCCGAAGGUGCCCUUCUCGAUGGCUGACCUCUCCAAGCUUAACCUCCGCGCGCCCGCGGGCUGGGAAGAGCGGUUCGCGCGCGUCGGCCUGCACCCCGAGCAUCUCAAGGAGGCACCGCACUGGUCCCCGCUCGCGCUCGGCGCCGCGGGCGCGAUCCCGUUCCUCGCGCUCAGCGCGCCGGUCGCGAACCUCGUCGGUCUUCCCGAUCGCGUCGAAGCGCACCGCGCGCAGAUCCAAGCGUCGUACGCGGUCGCGAUCGUCAGCUUCCUCGGCGGAUGCCACUGGGGCUUCGCCGCGUCCGCGGGCGGCAUCGCGAAGGCGGCCGCCGCGCCCGUCUCUUCCGCGGCCGUCACCGCCGCGACCGCGGAGAUUUCGCGCGUCGCCGCCGCGCUCGGCGUCUCCGCCGCGGAGGCGAGCGUUCUCCUCGCGGGCCCGGCGCGGUUCGCGUGGGCGACGACGCCCGCGCUCAUGGCGUGGAUCUCCGCGUCCGCGUUCACGCUCCCGUGGCAGAUGGUGACGUUGAGUGGGUCGCUGCUCGCCGCGCUCGCCGCGGACGUUACCGCGGCGAGGCACGGGCUGAUGCCGCGGUGGAUGAUGCCGAUGAGGCACGCGCUGACGGCGGCGGCGGUGGCGUCUUUGUUGACGAACGUUCCGUACGCCAUCGAGGCGUCGUACGACGAGGUGAGCAGCGAACCGACACUGGACUCGCGCGAGUCGGAGCUCCGGAGGUACCGCAAGGAGACGCCGAAGCAAGCGCAGGAGCUGAAGAAGCGCGAGAAGUCUCUGUCGGAGAGCGCCGCCGCGGUCGCGACGCUGCGGUCCGAGAAGGACGCGUCCGCGGUCGCGUUGCAGCGGCAGAGGGACGCCACGCGCGAAGCCGAGGCGAGGUUGGCGGCGACGCGAGAGGAGGCGGCGACGGCGAAGAAGGCGCUCGCCGCGGCGGACGACGCGAAGGACGCGGCGGCGCGGGAGCUCGCGGCGGUCAAGGAAGAGCUCGAGCGCGCGGUGAAGGCGGGGGUGGAGGCGAGGAAGGAGUUGAAGCUCGCGGAGAAGGCCGCGAGCGGUUCUUCUUCGUGA